UACUUAACACAGAAUUAUAGAUAUUGGUCUAAAAGAGGAAUUAAAGGUCCAAGACCAUUGCCUAUAUUCGGAAAUAUAUUAGACAUUUUUAUUAUCCCUCAACCAAUUCAAGAAUUAAAUUGGGCCAAAAAAUUUGGGAAGUUAUAUGGCUAUUAUUUCAAAGCCCAACCAAUACUAACCAUCUCUGAUCCCGAUUUGAUUAAAACAAUUUUGGUGAAGGAUUUCCAUUUGUUUGCCGACCGUUCAAAUAUAGUCGCUUCUAAUGAUAGCAUUAUUAGCAAGAAUUUGGUUCAAUUGACUGGCGAUGACUGGAAGAGAGUCCGAUCCAUAGUUAGUCCGACAUUCACUUCCGGGAAGAUGAAGAAAAUGUAUCCAAGAAUUAGGGAGUGUUUGACAGACUUUAUGAACCAUUUGGAGGGCUUUGCUGUGAAUAGAGGCGAGAUUAAUGUAAAGGAUAUGUACGGUAAUUACACUAUGGAUGUGAUCGCUACCUGUGCUUUUGCUACUAAAACUGGUGCACAUAAUACACUGGACAGUCCUUUCGUAGUGAUGGCCCGAUCAGCAUUCAAUGUUCACCCUCUCCUACAGAUCGUAACCAUGAUUUGUCCGAAAUUAUUGUUAAAACUCAAUAACAUAAUAACUCCUAAACAACAAAAUAAAGGAAAUUUCUUUAUUGAUAACACGAGAAGAAUAAUUCAAGAAAGACGUAAAAAUAAUCAAAAAUACAACGAUUUUCUGCAACUGCUUAUGGAUGUGGAGAGAGGUAGGGAUAACAGUAGAGAUGAGAAUGAUAUCAAUGAAUCACAUCAUGUGAAUGAAGGAGAGGAAGAGUUGGCGGCCGAGAGGAAGGCAUUGAAUAUAAGUUUGGAUAACAAGAGGUUAACAGAGGAUGAAAUCCUGGCGCAGGCGUUGGUCUUCUUUUUGGCCGGAUUUGAGACGACGGCCACUACUCUGACGUUCUGUACGUAUGAAUUGGCUCUCAAUCCACACAUUCAGGAGACACUCUUAGAAGAAAUCAAUUCUUCGGUCGAUUCCUAUGGAGAGAUCAGUUACGAAGAGUUGGCUCGACUGCCAUAUUUAGAUGCCGUCCUCUCAGAGACACUCCGUCUUCAUCCGCCGGCCCUAAGACUGCAUCGAAUGGCUUCAACUGACUAUAAAUUAGGGACAACAGGUCUGACACUAUCUAAGGGACAAACCGUACAAAUUCCAGUCUAUGGGGUUCAUACAACAGAAGAAUAUCAUCCAAACCCAUUCAAAUUUAACCCUGAUAGGUUUAUGCCUGAGAAUAGACAUAACAUCAUUCCCUACACAUACCUACCUUUUGGUGCCGGUCCUCGCAAUUGCAUUGGUAUGAGGUUUGCAUUACUCGAAGCAAAGUUAGGUUUGGCUCAUAUUAUCAGGAAAUACAGAUUCUUCAGAACUCCUAAUACAGACGUUCCCCUCCAAUACAAACGAGCAUAUCGUGUGAAUACUCCGAAAAGUGUUUUAGUGGGCAUUGAAAAGAGA